CCAGCCACUCCCUGACGAAACGAUUAGGUAGUAUAGUAUCCACAUGCUCCAGUGCGAUGGAGUGCUGUUGCAGGUGCUCCUUGAUGAGGAGGGCCACUUGAAGUGACCGAAGGAAUUCAUAUUGCCGAAUUGAUCAGCAACAAAGAAAUAUUGCAGCUGUGGGUCAGUUUCUUUGGGCGUUGCUGGCUAGAAGAGGAUUGGUUGGAUAGAUGCUUAGUUACCUCACAAGUGAGCUCUGUAGCUUCUCGCCUCUCUCAUCUUCUUACAUGUUUCCAUGCUCGUCGCCACACCACCCACCAUCCGUAGUAGUAUGUCAGGAGUCAAGACCUUGGACGAUGAACUUGUGCAGGAGCUCAAUUCGCUACGAGCAAGCUGUAGUUGCGCGAAUCCUUUGCUACUGAUUGGCAUCGCUGCACUCCUUGUCAUCAUACCUUGCCUGCAGCUGCUUCUCAGUUUCCGAAAGAGCAGAGCAUCUGCGCGGCAACUUGUCGCACUCAGAUUCAAUUCACCACUGCAGUUUGCUGGUGUGGUUUUCAAUGGCUGCUUGGGCUUGGUUUAUCUUGGCCUAGGACUGUGGAUGGUGGCCGUGGAUAACAUCCACCAGGAUGCUUCUGUUUACCAGCCACAUUGGUGGCUGGUGGCAUUGCUUCAAGGAUUCAGUCUGAUCCUUACCGGCUUUACUUUCAGCGUCAGGCCAUGCUUCCUCGGAGUUGCAUUUGUUCGAUUCUGGUCGGUUUUCCUGAUCGUAUGUGCUGCAUUCAUUUUUUACUCUUCAAUUGUUCACAUCGACGUCGCAGAUAAGGCAAUCACCAUGAAGGCUUGUUUUGACGUUCUGUUCCUAUUAGGCACGCUUCUCUUUAUUGUCUAUGGAAUUGGGCACAUCAAGGAAGAUGGUUAUGGAGGAACUGACAAUGAUUUACGUGAGCCACUGAACAUCGAGAUCAGUAGCGACACAGAUCAUUCUGAUAGUCAGAUGAGCCCUUUUGCGAAAGCCGGGUUUUUCAGUACAAUGUCAUUUCUGUGGUUAAACCCUUUGAUGAAGAUGGGUUAUGAGAAGCCCCUUGAGGAGAAAGAUUUGCCACUUUUAGAUCCCACAGAUCGGUCACACAACCAGUACUUGAUGCUCUUGGAGAAGCUGAACAACAAGGAGUUGCAGAGAAACGGCACGCCAUCGAUCUUUUGGACUAUCAUUUCCUGUCACAAAAGUGGGAUCAUGGUCUCAGGUUUAUUUGCAUUAGUCAAGGUGCUCGUACUAUCUUCAGGGCCACUUCUUCUCAAGGCUUACGUCAAUGUUUCCUUGGAAAAAGGGACCUUUACAUAUGAAGCCUAUGUCUUGGCUGCAGCGCUGCUCUUUUGCAAAUGUUGCGAAUCUUUGUCGCAGAGGCAGUGGUAUUUCCGAACUCGUAGGUUGGGACUCCAGGUAAGGUCAUUCCUGUCAGCUGCUAUCUAUAAGAAACACCAGAAGUUAUCCAACACAGGAAAAAUGAAGCACUCUUCUGCUGAGAUCAUUAGCUAUGUCACUGUAGAUGCCUAUAGGAUAGGGGAAUUCCCAUACCGGUUCCAUCAAACAUGGACAGCAAGUCUUCAACUUUGCAUCGCUCUGUCGAUUCUGUAUAAUGCAGUUGGUCUUGCCAUGAUUGCAUCGCUAGUUGUCAUCAUAAUCACUGUACUUUGCAAUACUCCAGUGGCCAAACUACAACACAAAUUUCAGAGUGAACUCAGCAAAGCGCAAGACGUGAGACUGAAGGCCAUGUUCGAAUCCUUAACUCAUAUGAAAGUAUUGAAACUUUAUGCAUGGGAGAAGCAUUUCAAGAUGGUCAUCAAAGGGUUAAGGGAGAUCGAAUAUAAGUGGCUGUCCACAUACCAGCUUAGUAGAGCAUACAGCAGAGUGCUGUUCUGGGCAUCACCGGUUUUUGUUUCGGCUGCAACCUUCUUCACAUGCUACCUUCUGAAAAUUCCUCUCGAUGCUACCAAUGUCUUCACCUUUGUGGCAACUCUGAGCCUUGUGCAAGAUCCAAUUAGGCAGAUACCAGAUGUUAUUGGAGUUGUAAUACAAGCUAAAGUUGCUUUCAGUAGAAUUGCAAGGUUUCUUGAUGCACCUGAACUGAGGGGACAAGUAAGACACAAACAUUGUAUAGGCGAGUUUCCGAUAGUGAUAAACUCUGGCAGUUUUUCAUGGGAUGAGAACCCCUUCAAAUCAACUCUGAAAAAUAUAAAUUUGGUGGUAAAAAUUGGAGCGAAGGUUGCAAUUUGUGGCGAGGUAGGAUCGGGAAAGUCAACACUUUUGGCUGCAGUACUAGGAGAAAUCCUCAAAAUAGAAGGCAUGAUCCAAGUUUGUGGGAAAAUUGCAUAUGUUUCUCAGGAUGCAUGGAUCCAAACGGGAACUGUGCGAGACAAUAUUCUCUUUGUAUCUCCAAUGGAUAAGAGAAGAUACCAGGAAACGCUUUCAAGGUGCUGCUUAGUCAAGGACCUUGAAAUGUUGCCGUUUGGAGAUCAUACUCAAAUUGGGGAGAGAGGGGUGACUCUUAGUGGUGGUCAGAAGCAGCGUAUUCAGCUUGCUCGCGCGUUAUACCAAAAUGCAGACAUCUAUCUGCUUGACGACCCUUUCAGUGCUGUUGAUGCCCAUACAGCAACAAGUCUCUUCAAUGAAUAUGUUAUGGGAGCUCUAUCAGACAAGACUGUUCUUUUGGUGACCCACCAAGUGGAUUUUCUACCCGGAUUUGAUUCCAUUCUGUUAAUGUCAAAUGGAGAGAUUAUUCGAUCCGCACCUUAUCAAGAUCUAAUGGUGUCUUGUCAAGAAUUUCAGAACCUUGUAAAGGCUCAUAAAAAUACUAUUCGCAUUUCAGAUCUUAACAAAGUGUUAUCCCACAAAGCAAAGGGAAUGUCGACCAAGAAGAAAAAUGAUAAUCAUGGAAACAUAUAUUUAGAGUCUGUGAAGCCAUCACCAGCAAAUCAGUUGAUUAAAACGGAGGAAAGGGAAAUUGGGGAUACAGGCCUCAAGCCUUAUAUACUCUACCUGCGCCAGAACAAAGGCUUCUUGAAUGCCUCUCUUUGCGCUAUUUCCUACAUAGUUCUCCUAGCUGGGCAAAUAUCACAGAAUUCAUGGAUGGCAGCAAAUGUCCAGAAUCCUAGUGUUAAUACACUGAAGUUGAUUUUGGUAUACAUUGUUAUUGGAGGUUGUAUGAUGUUCUUCCUACUAUCUAGAUGUUUAUUUAUUGUUGUUCUUGGGGUCCAGACAUCAAGAUCCUUGUUUUCCCAAUUACUUGAUUCGUUGUUCCAUGCACCUGUGUCAUUCUAUGAUUCUACCCCUCUUGGAAGGGUACUUAGCCGGGUUUCUUCAGAUUUAAGUAUUAUUGACCUUGAUGUUCCAUUCACCUUCAUGUUUAGCGUUAGUGCCAGCUUAAAUGCAUAUAGCAAUCUGGGGGUCUUGGUAUUUGUUACAUGGCAAAUUCUAUUUAUCGCAGUGCCAAUGAUAGUUCUGGCAACCAGAUUGCAGAGGUACUAUUUAGCCUCAGCUAAGGAAUUGAUGCGGAUCAAUGGCACUACCAAGUCCACUCUAGCUAAUCACUUAGGUGAAGCGAUUUCAGGGGCUACAACUAUCCGGGCCUUCAAUCAAGAACAUCAUUUCUUUGCUAAAUAUUUGGAGCUUGUUGACAAGAAUGCCGGCGCAUACUUUUAUAAUUUUGCAGCAGUUGAAUGGCUGAUUCUACGGCUGGAAACAAUGAGUGCUGUUACUGUUUCCUUUUGUGCCUUUGCCAUGGCUCUUCUUCCUCCUGGAACACUUAGCCCCGGUUUUGUAGGAAUGGCAUUGUCAUGUGCUCUGUCCCUAAAUGUGUCCUUUGUUUUCUCAAUACAAAACCAAUGCAGCCUUGCAAAUCAAAUUGUCGCCGUGGAAAGGGUGAAGCAGUUCAUGGAGAUACAAAGUGAAGCAGCAGAAGUUGUUGAAGAACAUCGACCAGCACAAGACUGGCCCCAAGUUGGCAGGGUGGAGCUUAGAGAUUUAAAGAUUAGGUAUAGGAAGGAUGCUCCCCUUGUGCUACAUGGAAUCACUUGCACCUUUGAAGGUGGAGAUAAAAUUGGUAUUGUUGGCCGGACUGGAAGUGGCAAGACAACUUUAAUCGGUGCAUUGUUUCGUCUAGUUGAGCCAGCUGAAGGGAAAAUAUUGAUAGACUCCAUAGACAUCACCACAAUAGGCUUAUACGACCUGCGUUCACGUUUAGGUAUCAUUCCACAAGAUCCGACACUUUUUCAGGGCACCAUAAGAUACAAUCUUGACCCUAUGGGGAAAUUCUCGGAUGAAGAAAUUUGGGAGGUUCUUCACAAAUGUCAACUUCUUGCCUCGGUCCAGGAGAAGGUAAAGGGACUAGAUUCACUGGUUGUCGAAGAUGGGUGGAAUUGGAGCAUGGGAGAGAGGCAGCUUAUCUGUCUUGGACGAAUACUUUUGAGAAGAUGUCGUAUCUUAGUUCUCGAUGAGGCCACAGCCUCUAUAGACAAUGCAACUGAUGCUAUCCUUCAGAAAAUCAUCCGAACAGAAUUCAAAGACUACACUGUAAUCACUGUCGCGCACCGUAUACCAACAGUUAUGGACUGCUCUGUGGUACUUGCAAUGAGUGAUGGUAAAGUAGUCGAGUAUGAUAAACCUAUAAAGCUCAUGGAAGCUGAAGGAUCUCUCUUCCGCAAUCUCUUAAAAGAGUACUGGCGCGCGCCGGAGAGGUUGAGCCAGGAGACGUCGAGACUGGCGGCUGCGUAGUGGAGGAUGACCGGAGGUUAAGUAGAAGUUGACUUGUGGGACCACAUGUAAGUGAGUGGAGGAAUAGAAGAAGCAUGGGUGUUGUGUUUUGGUCGCUAUGGAAGAUGCAUACGCGUCGCUUUGGAAGAUGCAUACGCGUGCAGUAGUCUGACAGUGAGCCUAGACACUUAGACGGACAUAAAAAAUGGUAAUGAGUAGAUGAAUAAUUACAUAUACUAUAAAAGUUAAAUAAUUGAAAUCAUUUUCUCACCAA